AUGACAAAUAUGCCUCCUUAUCUCUCGAUAAAUGAUGAGGAGAAUAACAGUUGUGAUCCUGACAGUGAUUCUUCGGACUUUGAAGAUGAUUUGCCUUUAAGUUUUAAUAAACCGAGACAUCUAGAGCUCAUAAAGGGCGCAGAGAAAGAAGAACAUUCGUGGAGAGUGAAAGAAAAGUACAAGACACACUGUGUUGCAUUGGUUCUGUGCCUGAAUGUGGGUGUGGAUCCUCCAGAUGUAGUCAAGACACAGCCUUGUGCCAGACUGGAGUGUUGGAUUGAUCCGAACUCUCUAUCUCCGACCAAGGCGUUGGAGAGUAUUGGACAUGCUCUACAGUCUCAGUAUGAGCGGUGGCAGCCAAGAGCUCGCUACAAACAAUCACUGGAUCCCACUAGCGAUGAGAUAAAGAAGCUGUGUUGUUCCCUGCGCCGUAAUGCCAAAGAGGAGCGAGUGCUGUUCCAUUAUAAUGGUCACGGGGUGCCUCGGCCCACCGCCCAGGGGGAGAUAUGGGUCUUUAACAGGGCCUACACGCAGUACAUCCCGCUGUCGAUGUACGACCUCCAGACCUGGAUGGGCGCCCCCUCCUUGUACGUGUACGACUGCUCCAACGCCGGCGUCAUCGUGGAGAACUUCAAGCAGUUCGCUGAACAACACGAACGAGAUUAUGAGAUGCAGGCCGGGUCCAAGCCGGACUCCGUCCCGCCGGUGUCGUACAAGAACUGUAUCCAGCUGGGCGCGUGUGCGGCCGGCCAGUCGCUGCCCAUGUCCCCGGAGCUGCCGGCCGACCUGUUCACGGCCUGCCUCACCACGCCCGUCAAGAUGGCCAUCAAGUGGUUCGUGCUGCGGACCCGCCUGAGGGUCGCCAGCGCAGACCUCGUCGACCUCAUCGACAAGAUCCCCGGGCAGGUGACGGACCGGCGCACCAUGCUGGGCGAGCUCAACUGGAUCUUCACGGCCAUCACGGACACCAUCGCCUGGAGCUCCCUGCCGCCCGACCUGUUCCAGCAACUGUUCCGAGCCGACCUGCUCACCGCCAGCCUCUGUAGGAACUUUCUGCUGGCCGACAGGAUCAUGAGGUCAUACAACUGCACCCCCGUGUCUUCUCCCGCGCUGCCCUCCCUCGCCCGUCACCCUCUGUGGGCGGCCUGGGAGCACACCCUGGACCUGGCGUUGGCCCAGCUGCCCGCCCUCCUGGAGCCCUCGGCCGCCGGGUACAGACACUCGCCCUUCUUCAGGGACCAACUCACCGCCUUCCAGCUGUGGCUAGACUUAGGCAACUGGUCGGUGAGUCGGCCGCCGCCCGACCAGCUGCCCAUGGUGCUGCAGGUGCUGCUGAGCACGUUACACCGCGUGCGCGCGCUCCACACGCUGUGCCGCUUCCUGGCGCUGGGCGCGUGGGCGGUGCGCGCCGUGCUGGCCGUGGGCAUCUUCCCCUACAUGCUGAAGCUGCUGCAGGCCUCCGCCCCAGACCUGCGCGCCUCCAUGGUCUACAUCUGGGCGAAGAUAGUCGCCGUCGAUCCCAGCUGCCAGGUGGACUUGGUGAACGCGAAGGGUCACAAGUACUUCCUGUCCAUACUGCAGGACCCCACUGUCGAUACGGAGCACCGGACCCUGGCCGCGUUCGUCCUGGCCGGCAUCGUGGACAACUACCCGGCGGGACAGGAGGCCGCGCUACAGGGCUCCAUGAUCUCGGCGUGUCUGGAGCAACUGGGCGACUGCGAAGGUGCGGGCUCGCCUCUGCUGCAGCAGUGGGCCUGCAUCGGCCUGGGUCGGCUGUGGUCCGGCUGGGAGGCGGCGCGCUGGGCCGGCGUGAGGGACCUGGCGCACGAGAAGCUCGCGGCCCUGCUGCCGCACCCCGCGCCCGAGGUGCGCGCCGCCUGCGCCUUCGCCCUCGCCGCCUUCGUGGCCGCCGGCGCCGCCGCCCCCGCGCGCACCGACCACGCGAACGCGCUCGACCAGCAGGUGGCCGUGCUGCUGGCCGCGCGACUACAGAGGGACGCCUCACCCCUCGUGCGGGCAGAGAUACUGGCGGCGCUGCAGUGGAUGGUGCUAAUAUUCGAGCAGCACUUCAUCGCCGUGUACAUCCAGGAGAGGGUCAGGAGGAGCGACGGCGGCGGCCGGUCGGGGCGGGGCCGCGUGGACCCCGGGCUGGACGCGCUGGACCCUCGCUCGCCGCACGCCGCCAUCCAGCGGGUCGCACUACCGGCCAUCGGGUUCGGGUCGGUGUACAUGAAGGUGUGGAGCACGCUGUGCGCCAUGUCCCGCGAGCCUCACCCGCAGCUGUCCCAGAUGGCGGGCGACAUCAUCUCGUACGUGUCCAGCCAGGUGGACAGCGUGGCCCGCGAGCCCGAGCGCCCCGCCGGCGGCUCCAGCUCGCUGCCACCCUCGCCCAACACCAGGCCCACGCUGCCUCACCUCGGUCAUCGUCGCGGCAAGUCUGGUCUUCCGCAUACGAUAUCAGAGGACUCGGUGGCCCACCGGGACCGCGAGCGUGACUCUACAUCAUCUACUUCUAGUCAGUCAAAAAAGGUGAUAGUCAGCACGCAGUUCGUGGAGUGGGCGACGACACAGUUCUCCCGGGGCGAGGCGGCCGGGGCGGGGGGAGCCUUCAGCAGCGCGGCCGAAUGGGCGGGGGAGGCCGGGGAGGAGGGAGACGACUGUGAGAGUCGAGCGUACCACGAGCGGGUGUGGAGGAGGGCCAGGAACAGGAACAUACGGCGCGAGGCGAGGAGGCUGCGGGAGGCGCGCGGCCCGCGGCUGGAGACGCAGGCCUUCCACUCCCGCUGCCCGCUGCCGCCCGCCGUCGUGCUGUUCCACCCCUACGAGCAGCACGCCGCCAUCGCCUCCAAGGAUAACUUCGGUAUAUGGGACUGGGGCACAGCGGCCAAGCUGUGUGUGGGAGCGUGGCGGCGCGCGUGGGGCCGCAUCACGGCCCUGGCGUACAUCAACGCGCACCACCGGGCGCUGCUGGCCGUCGCCUCGCACCAGGGACACCUCGCCAUAUACAGACCGUCGGGCAGCAGCAUGGAGCCGGCCCUGGUGUCAGCGUGGCGCGCGCUCGACGUGCGACCCUCGGCCGACUACCGCCCGCCACCCGCACAGCCGCUCUACAGUAUGUAUACACACUGUCUGGCGCAGCUGGUGUCGGAGCAGUUCGCGCCCGCUGACGACGGGCGGCGGGCGAGGGCGGAACACAACCUGUCGGGCGGGUCGCUGGGCGGCGAGUACAGCGCGCCCCCGGCCGGCACGCUGCUGCGGUGGACCGCGCGGAGCAGGUCGCUGGCGCUGGCGGGGCAGGCCGCCACAGUCCGGCUGUGGGACGCGCACGCGGAGAUGCUGCACGCGGACAUACCCACAGAGAGCGAGGCGGCGGCCACCAGCCUGUGGCGCGGCGGGCGUGCGGCGCGCGUCGUGUGCGGCUUCGGCGACGGCUCGGUGCGCGCGUGGGACGAGCGCAGCCCGCGGCCGCUGUACUCGCUGCAUGCGCACAGUGCGGCCGUGCUGUGCGCCGCGCCCCGGGACGACCUGCACGCGCUCAUCACCGGCGCGGCGGACGGGGACGUGCGCAUCUAUGACACGCGCAAGCUGAGCGACGCUGACUGUCUGCGGGCUCCGGGCCCGCUGGCCGCGCUGGACGUGCACCCGCGGGCCAACGUCAUGGCCUGCGGGUCGGUGAACCAGUGCAUCAGCCUGUACGACCUGAAGGGCUCGCCGCUCAACACCAUCAAGUUCCACGAGGGGUUCAUGGGCGCGCGCAUCGGCCCCGUGUCCUGCCUCGCCUUCCACCCGCUCAGGUGUGCGAUGGGCGUGGGGUCCAAGGACUCGACGGUGUCGGUGUACGUGACGGAGGCCCGCCGGUGA